AUGACCCAGCAGCACCCAAAACGUGUUGAAGACAACUUGUCCCGACCAGUAUCCGCCACAGGAACAAUGUCUUCCACUGCAGCCGCUUCCUCCACAGGGGCUACUGCUCCAGGAGAACAGUUUGAAGUGCGGCAACAAAGCACAAGCGAAGACAUGCACCCGAGCCCAGCAAACCGCAUCAAGCUGAGUCCAGCGCGUCAAGCCUUAAUCGACGACAUCAUAGCCCUCUACUCAUGCGAACCCACAAUCAAACGCGUUGAACGCUACACGCCCGACUGCGUCUACGACGACCAAUUCGUCUACGCCAACGACCGCUACAAAAUGGCAGGUCAAUGGUUCGCUUUGCCAAAAUUCUUCAAAGAAUCCAAGAACGAAGGCUACGAAAUCAUCAAGAACGAAGAGGAUUUGAUCCAGUUCAAGAACGAACAGUCCUGGACUUUCAAACUCAUCCCCAAGACCGCUACGAUUAAUGCGCUUGUGAGUUUGAGUUUGGAGCCGGGGAGUGAGGAGGCGGGAUUUGUGAGGGUGAAGUAUCAUAAGGAUCAGGCGAAUGAUAAGGACUAUUCGCAUGAGGGUGUUGGAUUUGGGUUCAAGAAGUGGCAGGCCGAUAAUGUUGUGAAGGUCAUGGAUGCUGAGGAGGUGAAGUAUUUUGAGAAGGAUAAGAAUGCUGCGAAGGAGCCGGUGAGGGUACAUGGGGAUAAAGGGCAGGAGAAUGAGAGUACGCCGAUGAAGGACUUGUAG